AUGACUUCCAUCCUUGACGAUGACAUUGUUCAGAUUCCAGGUAUGUAUGCUGUUACUGAUGAUUUGGCCAUAGCACCUUUGACACCAGUUUUGGCUUUAGGUUUACUUAACCGAUUCAAAACUCCUCUUACUGAUUUGAAGGAGAAAGUUGUCAUCAUUCGCGACAAAGAGGAGGACAAAGCUAUAUGGAGUAGAUUUUUACUUGUGAGGUAUCAUAAUCCGAAGAUAAAAGUCCUUGCUUUAAGCAAGGAUCUUCUAAAUCGGGAUGAUUCUAGAUGGUGGAGAGACAUUGUUCUUAAUGAUUUUAAAGAGGAUGAGUUGGGUGAAGGGUUCACUGAUUGGGUUAGUUGUGAGUUCAAGAACGGAUAUAACACUCUUUUUUGGCAUAGUUGUUGGUUGAUUGAUCAACCGCUCCGUGUUUCUUUUCCGCAUUUGUUUGUUCGUACAAUUAACAAACUUUGUGCGGUGAGUGACAUCGUUUCUUGGAAUAAUGGCGUAAUUUUAUGGAACUUGGAAUCCAUCUUCGGGACGGAUGUCUCCCUCUCUCCGGCACCGAACGCUUUUAACCAAUUUCCAUCCGUCAUGAGCACGGUUGUUGUUGAAGAAUUAAGGGACUUAAAAGCGCUAUUACAAGGUGUAGUGCCAGACAAUUUGGCAAAGGAUGAGUUUCGGUGGAAUCUCACCUCUAACGCAGAUUUUAAGCUGUCUAGUGUUUCAAUUUUGGUGUCUAAUGCAAAGGAGCUAGCUUGGUCUCUUCCCAUCAUUAACAUGUUGGAUAUUAUUCGGAAGAUUACCAUUCCGGCAAAGAUCAAGAUUCUCACUUGGAGAUUCUUCAUCAAUCCACUUCCGCUAAAAGUUCAACUUGUCAAUAGAGGUGUGUCUAAUUUCACUUCCAUAGAUUGUAUUUUUUGCUCUACCCAUCCGGAAUCUUUGGAACAUCUUUUCUAUCAUUGUCAUGUUACAAAGGCGGUUUGGAAAAGAAUCUACACGUGGUUGGACGAUGAAGUUAAGAUCUCUUUAGAGGAAUUCAAGAGCUUCGGAAGUAUUCAAGAAAAGAAGAAAAACAUCAACAUUAAAGCUACCCUAAACACUAUAUGGAUAGCUCUAAUUUGGUGUACUUGGAAGAUGAGAAACACAAUUAUUUUUGACAACGGUUUGUUUAAUUUUGAUGAGGUGAUAUCAAAUAUCAUGUUUUUUUCUUGGAGGUGGAGUUGUAAUAGGGAACCUCAUAGUAGGAUUUCUUUUUAUGACUGGUAUAAAUUACCUUUACUUUGUAACAAAACUCACUAG